AUGGCUGCCAAAUCCGGAAUUGCUGUUGGCCAGAACAAGGGCCACAAGGUUACUCCCCGUGAGACUGCCGUUAAGAUCUCUUACCGCAAGGGCGCCCAGUCCCAGCGUGCCAAGUUCGUCCGCGCUUUGGUCCAAGAGGUUACUGGUCAGGCUCCCUAUGAGCGUCGUAUCUGCGAGUUGAUCCGUAACUCCCAGGAGAAGCGUGCCAAGAAGCUCGCCAAGAAGAAGCUCGGUACCCACAAGCGUGCCAUGGCCAAGUUCGAGGCCAUGAGCAACUACAUUGCUGAGUCUCGCCGUGCCCACUAA